AUGGGUAAGCGGAAAUCGUCGGCAAAGCCUCAAAAGAAAAUUAAACAAACCCUAGAUACCACAUUCACAUGCUUAUUCUGCAAUCACGAAAGGUCCGUCAUAUGUACAUUAGAUAAGAAGAACUCGCUAGGCGAGUUGCAUUGUAAGAUUUGCGGUCAGACUUUCCAGUCCGCCAUCCAUUCUUUAUCACAGCCUGUGGAUAUUUAUUCCGACUGGAUCGAUGCCUGUGAAGAAUUGGCCGAAGAAGCUGAAGAGGGAAAUGUCGAAAUCGAGCAAGAUGAAUACAGUGACGAUGACGAACCUUCGUUCAAGCUGAAAAAUCGUCCUUUGGACUCUGAUGACGAAUAUUAA